UUUUCUGCAGCGCAACCGGUGCAGAGGUUAUUUGGUGGGAAAAUGACUUCGGAUCGUUUUAGAAAUGCAUAUGCCAUAACUGAUCAUUUGCCUACGCCAAAUGGAAUUUUAACAGAACUUUUAGAACAUCAAAAGCAUGGGCUGGCGUGGAUGCUCUGGCGAGAGAAACAAGUGCCCCCGAGUGGCAUUUUAGCUGAUGACAUGGGUCUUGGCAAAACAUUAAGCUUCAUAUCUCUUAUUGUUGAGAAUUUAAACAGGAGAAAACUGUUUGAUGAGGAGGAACAGAAGGAGAAAAGAAAAGCUAUUGCAAACUUCUUAGUUCCUUCUUACUGUUCCUUGGUCAUUGUACCAGCAUCAUUAAUUUAUCAGUGGGAAGAAGAAAUUGGGAGGCACGUUAAACCUGGAUUACUGCGUGUGUACAUUUUUCACGGUCCAAAACAAAAAAGAGAAACAGAUCCUACAAGACUAGCUCAAUACGAUGUUGUACUGACCACGUAUAGCACUGUCACUAACGAAUUGAAUAAGAAGGCAGAUGUUGAGGUUUUAGAUAUCAGCAGCUCAGGCGAAACCAGUGGUUUACCCCGUAAUACCUCAAAAGAGUCUGUGUUAACCAGAGUGGCGUGGCAGAGAAUAAUACUUGACGAGGCGCACCAGAUAAAGAACAAAAAUUCUUUGGUUUCAAAAGCUUGUUGUCGGCUUCCAGGAAUAUGUCGUUGGUGUUCUAGUGGUACUCCGAUACAUAACAAACUUUGGGAUCUUUUUUCUUUGAUUAAAUUUUUACGUAUCAGGCCUUUCGAUGAAGAAGCCGUUUGGAAGGAGUAUAUCAUGGGAAACUCAGCACUUGCAUCGGAACGUUUGAACACGCUGGUGAGGGGGCUUUUAUUAAGAAGACAAAAAACAGACAUUAACAUGAUUACAAAUAAGCCGAUUGUAAGUUUGAAGAAUUUUUUCAAAAUUUAUUUGUGCACUCCAAGUUGUUCUUUCAGACAGAAAGUAAAAGAAAUUAUUGAGCAAAAUAUAUCCAUUUCGAAGCCUCGUGAGAAAUGGAGCAAAGAAUCUGUGAUUCGUAAUCCGUUCUUGGGCAGCACACGAGACAUCAGCUUGUGUGACAACUUUCGAACCAUGAGCUGCGUCCUUACGCUCCUUCUGCGCUUAAGGCAAGCUUGCGUCCAUAUGGCUCUUACGAAGAAAGCUGUCGAUAUAGAAGCAUUUCGUGAUAUCGGCUUAGAUUAUGACGAGAAAGACAUAGAUAUCUUGGAUAUAACGAGUAAUCUGGACCAGGUGAAUAUUGAUAGGAAAGAAGAGGCCGUGGCUCGUUUGUUUGAACCUUCUUUCAAUUCUACAAAAGUUAAAAUAUUUUUCAGUGUUGUAGUGAGUCAAUGGACGUCCUUACUAGAAAUUAUUGAGCAACGUCUUACCCAGUAUGGAGUCGAAUAUACCUGCAUUACCGGUAAAGUGCUACCAAAAAAUAGGCAGCAGUGUGUUGAAAGCUUUAACAGGAGGAAUGGUGGGGCCAGGGUGAUGUUGCUCUCGUUAACUGCCGGGGGUGUUGGCUUAAAUCUCACUGGCGGCAAUCAUCUGUUCCUGCUUGACCUGCAUUGGAAUCCAGCAAUAGAGCAGCAAGCGUGCGACCGCAUUUAUCGCAUGGGUCAAAAAAAAGAUAUCUUUAUUUACAAGUUUAUAUGCCAUGAAACGAUAGAGCAACGAGUUUUAAACUUGCAAGAAUCAAAGAAGGCACUCGCUGAGAGCGUUCUUAAAGGAGCUACUUCAAAAAAGCUAAACAAAUUGACCAUCAACGACAUUAAAUUUCUUUUUGGACUGGGUUCCAGUGGUAAAAUGUAA